GAGUGCCGAAAGACAAAUGCAGAAGUUGGUGUCGGAGCUGGAAUUGGGUUCGCAAAGACCCUCCCAGUUUUUAAGGCGCAUGAAGGAUCUGGGUCGCAGCGCACAAAUUGCGGACAACACACUCAAGAGCCUGUGGUUGUCGAAAAUGCCGUCAUCAGUUCGAGCAGUCAUGGCGGUUUGUGAAGAUCAGUCUCUGGACAAGCUGGCGGCCAUGGCAGACAAGAUUACCGAAUACACCAACGUCGGGGAUGUGGCAGCCGUGUCAUGCAAGAAGGAAACAGAUGAGCAGCCGGACGAGAAGAUGAGCAGAUUGGAGCUGGAGGUUGCAGCGCUCCGCGCCGAACUGAGGGGUCGCGGGCGCUCUAGGAGCAACGACAGACGGACCAACUUCAGGAGAAGAUCGACAUCGCGGCCGAGAAGAGCACCUGGAGACCCGGACUGGCUGUGCCGUUUUCACUUUCGGUACAGAUCGAGAGCUAACCGCUGCGAGCAACCCUGUGCGUGGCGAGCCAAGCAGUCGGGAAACUAGACGGAGUACAUGCGGGCGCGGUGGACGGAUGUACUCAAGGUCAGGACAUCACGCGCCCGCCAGCCUUCAAGGAUGUCCCAGAGCAUUCCGUGUAUCAUCACAUCGAGACUACUGGACCACCUGUGCACGCGCGUGCCAGGAGGUUACCGGCCGACAG